AUGGCAAUCCCAACUCCCCUCCCCGAGGAGGACGAUCGCACCAUGGAGCUCUCGUCCAUCGCUGCCAUCUAUCCCGAGAUUGUAAUCGACGAACGAUAUCCAUUCAGAGCAUCUUUAGACAUUCCUGUUGCACCGUCAGUCCCCUUACGAGUGCGAUUCGACAAGGGUUCAGAGAUAUUUCAAGCCCCCAUGACACCUCCCACCUCGUUGGAUACAAUGGGCGAAAAAGAAGACAUAUUCCCCGAGGAUACACAAACAGCUGCCGAAAACAUUCAUGAUGAUGUGCACGAUAUCUCACACUUGCCACCCAUAACACUUGACAUCGAACUCCCUGCCGGUUACCCAUCAAACGAGGCGCCCAUAUUCAAUAUCAGCACCAAUCCUCAGUGGCUAUCGCCUAGUAAAAUAUCCGCGUUAAAGGAAGAUGGUACACGAUUAUGGCUCGAAGCGGAAAAGGACAUGGUGGUCUAUACGUACAUUGACCACAUCCAGCAAAUGAUAGAAAAUGUUUUUGAUCUCGCAGAUGGGCAUGGUGGAGAGAUUAAGCUUGCACGCGGCUUAAAGAUUGCGAUUCUUGACUUCGAUAUCAAAGCAAAAAGGGUGAAGUUUGAGCAAGAGACAUUUGAAUGCGGCGUGUGUCUGGAGCCCAAGAAGGGCCUGAAUUGUCAUCGCAUGCUCCUUUGCUCUCACGUCUUCUGCAUCCCUUGUUUACAAGAUUUUUAUAACACUUGUAUAACUGAAGGCGACGUGGAUAAUGUCAAAUGUAUGGCCCCGGACUGUGGUAAAGAGCCCAACUCAGCACAACAUCCUGCCACCCCAUCGCAGGACAGAUCUGCCACUCAUAAGCGGAAGAAAAAGCAAGCGCGGCUCAUCAGCCCAAGUGAGUUACUUCAGAUACCUUUGGAACAGGACAUAGUCCAGCGAUAUGUCUUUCUGAAACGAAAAAAGAAGCUUGAGUCAGACAAGACCACAGUAUAUUGUCCUCGCCAAUGGUGCCAAGGGGCGGCCCGGUCAAAGAAACACCCCAAGCCAGAUAACCCUAUCACAGAUGAUUUUGAUGAUUCCGCGGACGAGGAUGAUGCUGUGGAAUUUGACCCAAUGGGUGACGAGUCUCAGCUUCCACCAAUGGCUGAUCGAGUGGCUGUCUGUGAAGACUGUGCAUACGCGUUUUGCUGUGUCUGUAAAAAAGGAUGGCAUGGCGAGUUGGCGAGGUGCUCUCCACGACGAGAAGCUGAGCUUACAGCAGAAGAAAAAGCAACCGAGGAGUAUUUGAAAAUGUAUACCACACAGUGCCCAACGUGCAAUACGCCUUGCCAGAAGAAAUUGGGAUGCAAUCAUAUGAUUUGCUUCCAGUGCAGUACGCAUUUUUGCUAUCUUUGUUCUGCCUGGUUGGCAGAGGACAACCCGUACAAGCAUUUCAAUACACUCGAUAGCGGCUGUUUCAACAGACUUUGGGACUUGGAGGGUGGUGAUGGUAUCGACCCGGAUGGUGCCGAAGAGCUCCAUCGCAUUCCAGCAGGCAUGGCAGAUUUUGACUCUGAUAGCGAAGACGAAAACCCUGCAGAUGAUGAUGUUGACGGAGAUGAUGACCGUCCAGCUUGGGAGUUUCUCCGAGAGCACAGUGGAAGUGACAGCGACAGCGAUGAUGAAGAUGGUCUAGGUAUGCGGAGACCACCACCUCCUGCCCCGGUGCCUCCUCGAGUGAUACCUGUAGCCGGCAACCCCAAUGGUGAACCCGGAUUCAAUCCUCGUGGCCUGGAUGCCGCUGGUAGAGCUGUAGCUGCUGAACGGCAAGCACAAGCUCUUGCGAUGGCUCAGAUUAGAGACCGGCCAGGGGCACGUGAAGCCUUUCCUCGACCUCCGCAACGGGCUGGAGCAGGCCUACAACCUCGCCGUCAUGCUCCAGGCAAUCAGCCUGUCAGACAAGAAGGCCUUCAGCGAUUUCUGGAGCUAGUUCAAAAUGACCAAGAAGACGAAUGGGACAGUGAUGAGUUAAACGAGUGA